UCUAUUCGGACUAUUAAGGUUCAGUUAGCUUUCGUACGGCUAAAUAGUCGGAAGCCAGAAGCCGACGAUGGCGGAGAGUGCAGGCCCCAGUGGGCCAUCAUCCUACAAUAUACCAACAAUUGGCGUGAUGUGCAUCGACAUUGCUACUAGUUUGCAGAAGAACUUUGGUCAAAAGAACUACAGCUAUAUAGCCGCUUCCUACGUCAAAUUUCUGGAGGCAUCCGGGGCCCAUGUAGUGCCCAUUUGGAUCGGCCGAGAGCGAGCAUACUAUGAUUCGAUGAUGAACCAGGUGAAUGGCAUCUUGUUGCCAGGAGGAGCAGUUUCCAUCGAGGCGGCUGAUAGGCAAGCCUAUCCGGAUCUGACCAGCGAUUGUGUCCAGAGUGCCGAGCACAUUUACCAACUGGCCAUGUGCCGGAAUCAGCAGGCGAGAAAGGAGAAUGAUGCACGUGGAUACUUUCCGGUUUGGGGCACCUGUCUCGGCUUCCAGUUGCUCCUCAUCCAUGCCGCCGAAGACCCCAAAAUUCGAACCAAUUGUCAGCGUAUGCAAACAGCGAUGCCGGUGAGACUAGUCGAGAAUUUUCGCGAGUCCCAGCUUUUUAAUCUUCCGGAUUCCGUGGCUGAGAAGAUGGAGAAGUAUCCCUUUGCUUGUCACCAACAUCGCUAUUGUAUCACGAAAGACAGCCUGAAGUCGUAUGGUUUGGCAAACGAUUGGCAUCCUCUGGCCACGCAGAUGGAUCCCACAGGCCUGGAGUUCAUCACGAUUAUCGAGCAUCGUCGUUUUCCCAUCUUCGGCUGUCAGUUUCAUCCGGAGCGGGCUGCUUUUGAGCAGCUUUUUGCUGCAAAGGAUCUCUGCUACUUGGCACAUUCUCAUCAUGGAAUCGAGUUGUCCCAAAUCCUUGCCAGCCGAUUCGUGGACGCCUGUCGUCUAAACAAAAAUCGCUUCGUUAGUCCUAAUAUAAAAGCAAAUCAUCUCAUCUGGAAUUGGCAGCCUGUUUUCUCCGGUAAUUUGGAGGACUCCAACUGGCUGCAGUGCUAUCUUUUUGAGAAGAACGUGGACUACCCAAAGGAACUGAAUGAUUCUGUGGAUUCAACUGGGAUAGAGAACAAAACUGUGGAUUAAAAUCUAAUUAACUUAAGAUUACAUUUACAUUGAAAUUUAUAAAAUGAACUGAGGAUUUUUUACUGAUA